CAUCAGUCAAACACGAGUCCUCCUUCCUCACUCAGUUUACAGAGUACACUCUCAUAGAGGCUUUCCCUUUUUCUCUAGACUCGUCGCCACGUUCUGUGAUUGCGAUGCGAUGAUGGUACAAUACAGCUGAAUCUCAGCCUAUGAAAUGCAAUCAUGACAGCACAGCUUCUGGCCUCAGAGCUUGCCAAUCUCAUCCAGGAGAGCAAACGCAAGCACAAUGACCUUCGCCAGGCUGCCGAAAAGUCUCUCGAUGAAUUGAAGAACUUGAGGGCAACCACAGAAACCCAAAUAGCUGAUGAACUCACCCAACGGCCAAACUUUGUCAAUCCCUUCAUUAUUGCUUGCGGCUCCAAGAAUGUCAAAUUCACCGGAAUUGCCAUCGUCUGCCUUCAACGGUUGAUCGUCGCUCGCGCGCUUCCGAGGUCGAGACUAAGCCAGGUCCUAGAGGCCCUGCAACAGGCCACGUCAGCUGGCCUCGACGUGCAACUCAAGAUCCUUCAGGCGCUUCCCUCGCUACUGUCCAACUAUUCCGCCGAUGUGAAGGGCGAGCUCUUGGUUACUGCCCUGAAUGUCUGCUUUAUCCUGCAGUCAAGCAAAAAUGCAAUUGUCAACAACACCUCUGCUGCUACGCUUCAGCAACUCGUGGUCUCGGUGUUUGACAAGGUUGUUGCCGAGGAUAAGUCCAACGCUGGAGCAUCGACUGUCGGGGAAGUGUCUGUCGAGAAUGGCGCCGUUCCGCUCAGAGCCGCGUCCAUGGAUGCUUACAGGGUAUUCAACGACAUUGUUCUACUAACUCAGGGCCAACGACCGGAUUAUCUCCGUGUCUCCAGCCUUGCCCAGACCUUUGGCCUGGAGUUAAUAGAGUCGGUUCUAACAAACCACGCCGCCAUCUUUCCCGCUCACCCCGAGCAGGCAAGUAUCUUACGGACAAGAGUAAUGCCCUUUCUCAUCAGUGCACUUCGCGGGAGACCGAAUUUUGCGACCAGUGUCCGAUUGGUGCGAGUACUGUACACGCUCCUCCGACGCCACCUCUCGAUCCUCCCGUCGCAGAGCGGAGAUGCACUCGAUAUCCUAACCCAGCUUCUGGAUCAGGACACGGCUUUGUGGAAACGUUCUUUGUGCAUGGAGGUCUUUAGGGGCAUAUUCGCUGAUCAUGCCUUGCUCCGACGCAUUUUCAUGUUGUACGACGCAACAGAAGGCGAAAAGGACAUCCUGAAGAAUCUAACGGCCACAUUUGUCCGCAUCAGUACCGAAAAACCAUCGGUAAUUGGCUUAGGGCACCAGUCCACCAUCCCCGUAGCCAACCCUUACGCGAGCAUUGGGGCUUCCACUGACCAAGUCAUGCUCGAGACCACCGGUAUCAUAUCAGGCUCUAGUUCCGAUGGGCACAAUACCGGCAUUAGCACUCAAUGGAGCACUAUGCGCUCCCCUUGUAUCGACCAGCUCGACAAGACAGAGCCGCCCACGAUUCCCGAGUCAUAUGUCUACAGCCUUACUCUCGCAUGCAUCACAUCGCUGUCGGAGGGCCUAGCAAAGUUUAUCCUGCCCCUGACUGUCCCGAGCGACGGGCGGAGGAAACGGGGUCCAAAAAUCGGAGCUGGCCGUGACUCACCCGCUCCUCAAGCUGACGAGCUGACUGAUAAGGCGCCUUUAGAACGGUCUGUCUCGUUCAAAAGAAAUCCCGUCCCAGUCAAUCCGUUGACCCUUGAAAGCCAUCCUCUUUACACAGAGGUCAAGAUAUGCGCCUCUUUCAUCGAGGAUUGCUGGCCCGCCAUUCUCGCGACAUGUUCAACGUUUUUGUAUGCUGCCCUUGACUCGGAGCACUACCACGGCCUCGUCCGGGCAUUUCAAAAGUUCGCCCAUGUUGCUGGGCUGCUGCAACUCGCGACGCCACGAGAUGCCUUUCUUACCACAUUGGGCAAAGCUGCCGUUCCACCAAACGUCCUGACUGCUUGUCUGAAUGCGCCCGCGCGGCCUCCUGCUACUCCUGCACCUAACGACACCCCUGGCAGUCUCUUCAGCAACGCGCGAGGACUCCUUAGCGUCGAUAGCCUCGUCAGUCCUACAGGCCUCGGUGUCGAAAAGCAGAGGCAGCCAUCAUUCGACGUGAAUGCCGCUUCGCUGAACACUCGGAACUUGCUGUGCCUGAGAGCGCUCUUAAAUCUCGGCAUCGCAUUGGGUCCGACGCUCUCAUCGUCCUGGAGCAUCAUUUUGGAGACCCUGCAGCAGGCCGACUUUAUUUUAUUUUCAUCCGGCAAGACCGCAGGAAGGACACCAAUGGCAGCAAAGGGGCCGGAUCCUCAAGCCGAGCAGGAAGCCAACGCCUUGGUUGCAGGCUUCAACAAUGAGAUUCGAGCCGUCGAGACAGCGACAUCCCGGCUCUUCGAGAGUACCGUGGACUUUCCGAAUCCCGCUUUCAUCGAGGUCAUUGGGGCCGUGUGCAGCCUCCUUGACCGUCAGACUCAUCCUCCUUCCGAACCCAGCAGCCGUCCACAGUCACCCCUUCCUACCGGUAAAAGGGUUCUGAGCAUGUCUUCCUCACUGCUGAAGCCCAAUCAAGAGGAUAAAUUUGCCCUGGCUAAGCUAGGUGAUCUUGCCUCUAUCAACAUCGAACGGCUGCUAUCAUAUGAGCCGGAUGUCUCAGGCUGGACGCUGUUGACGGUUGUAUUGAUCAACACUUUGAGCGCCUUGUCGAAUGCCGCCCCAGUCCGAGCCCGGGCGGCAGAAACCCUGGUUCACAUUCUCCUAGAAGAAGCAAACGCUGUUGCAUCUCAGCCGGAGGAGCCUCGGGGCGAGAUUCAGAGGCGUCUUCUUGAGACCUUCCGUGACUCCCUAGUGCCCUUGCAAACAGCCAACCGUGAAGUGACUGUUGCAAACCACGCUGCCGAUGUGGACAUUCACAAGAUCAUUCUUGAAGGCCUCAAGAGCCUCCUCGAGAACUGCGGGGAGUCCUUGGUUAGCGGGUGGGAGCUCAUCUUCGAGAUUGUUGACACAAUCUUUGUGGAAAGGAACUUGAACGCCGAUACGAAGGAUACUUCCGGCGAUAGGACCGUGCUUCUGACCCGCGCUGUCAAGCUUAUUAGGCCAUCUUUUGCUUCAUUGCAGCUGAUUUGUUCCGACUUCUUAUCUUCUUUGCCUAACGCAUGCUUUCUCAAUCUCAUCGAUACCCUGUACAAAUUCUGCACCCAAGAUGAUGACCUUAAUGUGGCACUGACAACGAUUACAUUUUUCUGGGCUAUUUCGGAUUUUCUCUCCGGCAAGAGCACAUCUAUGACCAUUACCGAAGACAUGAUUGAGGAAGUGGGUGACCAAGUGCUGGUUAACCUUGCUGCCGAACCUUUCCACAAAAGAUCAGGCGCUGCGUUGUGGAUGCUUCUCCUGCUGAGAUUAACCUCAGUUGCUGCGGAUCAGAGACUGGAACUGAGAAACAGCGCCAUACAAACCCUGAUGCGGAUAAUGUCUGCAUACGGCGACAGCCUCAGCCCGGAAGCCUGGUCCAUUUGUAUGAGAACGGUGAUCUUCGGCCUCUUGCACUCGGUUGAGCGGGAGCUCCGCUCUCGCACGACGUCCUCCGUCAAGGACAAAAGCCAGGAGGAGUGGAAAGAGACGGCAGUCGUGGUCAUUCAGGGGGUGUCAGAGCUCUUUGCCUCAUACAUAAGUGUGCUUGCUGCACAUCAAAGCUUCGCCAGGAUAUGGCAAGACCUAAUUGGUCAUUUCCGGACACUCUUGGACCUUCACAUCCUAGACACCAACACCGCCACUUAUACCGCUCUCCGGGAUGUGCUGCACAGAUGCGGGGAGCAAGAUCGGCCCAGGGUUGGUGAGGGAAGCAUUCUCCUCGCCUGGGAUUUAUGGUCUGAAGGCAUCCCGGUUCCCGGAGUUGAGAAAGAUGACAAGCCCUCAGAUAACCAAAAAUGUCUCCUUGUUUGGGUUGAGGCGUUGCUGGAGCUCUAUGGGCUGAUUCAUGCAAACUUUAACGUCGAAAGAGUGCGUCGGAUGCUUACGCUUCUCCGCGAUGCCGUGCAGCAAGCAACGCCCGGCGCAUACUCUAGCGAUAUUGAGUACGCCACCCCAUUGCAAGCCAAGAUUCUUGAGGUUCUCCGCCGAGUGCGUACCGAACUGCGUGGUGUGCCAUCAGCAAUGAUCUCCCAAGUCGCCGAGUUUGUUUCGCUGGCUUUUGACCAGGAAAAAGCGGCAAAAGCGACGACAGAGAAGCGGACUUAUGUGGCCAUGUCCAAAGAGAGCAUGUCUAUCCUCCAGUCUCUGGUAGUGAGUAAUGCCUCAGAGCGAGACAUCUACGAAACAGGGGCAUUCACUGCGGCGUUACAUGCCCUCGCUAAGCCAGUCUCGAUCAAAUAUCAGUUCAAAGUUGUAACCAAGUCGGUCCAACCAUGGAGAGCGGCGACAACGUCAGCCUUGGCUGUUCUAGAGGCAGCACUCCCUCAUCUUCUCGCUAUGGGCUUGCCGCCGGAGACUGUUCAGGCAAUCUGGCGGGUUAUCAUCUGCAUCUCUAAUGGCAUCAUCAGUGCAGACUUGGGCGCUGCUCCUGCUUCCUCCAUCAUGGACGACCAGGACUUCGAUAUCGCUUCGUUCCGAAAGCUGCGCGAGUUGAUCAUCCCCUCACUCGGGGCAGAAGUUAUUCUGGAUACAACCAGGAAGUCGUAUGCCGAAGGCCUAUUUCGCACAUCAAUCAUCCAUACACCUGCGCCGGCGGAGGUAUCAAUCAUCUACGGCAGCGCUGGCAGCGAUACAGGAGGGCUCCGAGCCCUGUACAAGCAACGCAACGGGCGCACCACUGACUCCUCCCCCACUCCACGGAGCCUUAUGAGUGAGGUCUGUCUCGAUGAACUGUUCUCGCUCGUAGAGGUCCACGAUGUGUCGGACGCCGCGCCAUCGAUCACGAUAGAGCCGCCAACUCCGCGGUAUCCUAAGAGUAUGACGUUCGAGGGUAGGAAGGAUACGACAGCAGAAUCCGUUCACGAACUUCAUGUUCGCCUCGCUCGGACGGCCGCGCCAUACCUCAUCCUCCGCUGCGCGCUGUCGCUCAGGGGUUACGUGGCUGACCAACCGUUGAGGGGUCGCAUGCCGCAGCCGCUAUCGCAACGCAAGGAGCUGAUUCGCGUCCUGCGCAGUCUUGUGGCUCUCCGAUCAGAGCCAGAGGCGAUUCCGGACGCGCCAAACGUGGAAAGCGAGAUGAGAAAGCAUCUGUUGCGGCUGUAUCCCCUACUCGUCAGUGCCGUGCAGGUGGCAGGUACGUCUGGGGACGACAAGGUGUUGAAACUAAUAAGAGAAGCCUUGGACGUUGUGGGUGGGGAGUUCGGCCUUGGAGUAUGAGGAAUUCCUUGGGAGUGGUGCAUCUUGUUCAUAUUAAGCUGGGUCUGAGCGUCCGGUUUGAUAGAAUACACUGAGUGGUUCACCGACUCCCACGCU